AAUGACCGAAAAACAGAAGCUGAACGGUCAAAACAUAAACAGAGCUAGCACACACUCGUGAGCGCACAUAGUCUUUAAUUUGACUGUUUCUUUUGACACGCAUUCUUCAUGUCGUGUGUUUUUACUCCAAGAUUUUCUAUAGCUAUAGCUAGCUAAGUAACGUUAGUAUAGUAGGUUGUAGACAGUAAAUCUGCGCAGAAGAUUAGAACAAACGACGUACUGUAGCUAGCUACGCUCGUUGGGCCUACGACUUGUAGUUAAGAGGCUCUCCUCCUGUCCACACGAAGAGAGAAGCAGGAUGGCUGAGGCAGAUGGUAAAUCCAGUGAGCUUAAUGGUGGGUCUGAGGAGCCAGAUCCAGGAGAGGACCAGCGUGGGGAGGGAGAUGCUUCCACAGCCACAGAGGAGCAGUCUGACUCUCAAGCAGCUCCCAAAAAGGCAGAAGACAGAGCUAAGGACAAGCCAAUGCCAGAUGCAGAGGGUGAGAGGGUGCUUGGCGAGGGAGAGGAGGAGGAAGACACGGACAGCGUGGAUGGCAGCGGCCUCUAUUCCCUGAACGAGGAAGGGGAGCGAGAUGGUGAGGGGGGUAGAAGAGAGCGAGUGAAGGAGAGAGAUGCAGGUAAGAGGGCCGCCAGAAAGAGGAACCGCCCGAGCGGUGGCACCGCUCACCACUCCUCCAGCUCUGAAGUGGAGGAUGAUGAGGAGGAGGAAGAGCAAGAAGAGGAAGACGAGCAGGCCAUGGACGUGUGGCUGGGGGCGGAGCUGCGUGAUCUUGGCAAGCCAUCAUGGCGGGCGGUGUCCUCCCUGCGGUUGAGGGAGAUUGGCCGGGGCUCGCACCAGUUUGUGAGACGUGUGUGUGGCGCACGGGGGCUGGUCCAGAGGCUGGAGCUACAAGGGCGCCUGGAGAGACACACCGGCUGUGUGAACACCCUGCACUUCAACCCCUCAGGCACACGCCUGGCUUCUGGCAGUGAUGACCUACGAGUGGUGGUGUGGGACUGGGCACGUCGUCGGGCUGAGCUGGAGUUUGACAGUGGGCAUAAGAGCAAUGUCUUUCAGGCCAAGUUUCUUCCCCACAGUGGAGAUUCAACUCUGGCCAUGUGUGCCCGGGACGGUCAGAUUAGAGUGGCUGAGCUCUCUGCCAUGCAACGCUGCAAGAACACCAAGAGAGUGGCUCAGCAUAAAGGGGCAGCACACAAGCUGGCCCUGGAGCCAGACUCUCCCUGCUGUUUUCUGUCGGCUGGAGAGGAUGCUGUGGUGUUUGGCAUCGACCUUCGCCUCGACCGGCCUGCCAAUAAGCUGGUGGUGGUGAAGGAGGGGGAUAAGAAAGUGGGGUUGUAUACCAUCUUUGUGAAUCCUGUCAACACACAUCACUUUGCUGUGGGAGGGAGAGAUCAGUAUGUCAGGAUCUAUGAUCAGAGGAAGAUAAAUGAGAAUGUUAAUAAUGGCGUACUGAAGAAGUUCUGUCCAUCUCACCUGGUGUCCAGCGAGUCCAAAACUAACAUUACCUGCUUACUGUACAGUCACGAUGGAACAGAGCUCCUGACUAGUUACAAUGAUGAGGACAUCUACUUGUUUGACUCCAGCCACAGUGAUGGUGCAGAUUAUUGCAGGCGAUACAAGGGCCAUCGCAACAACGCUACAGUGAAGGGUGUUAACUUCUAUGGUCCUAGCAGUGAGUUUGUGAUCAGUGGCAGCGAUUGUGGACACAUCUACCUGUGGGACAAGGUCUCAGCUCGCAUAGUCCAGUUCAUGGAGGGAGACAAAGGAGGAGUGGUGAACUGCCUAGAGCCCCACCCUCACCUUCCAGGUCUGGCCACCAGUGGUCUGGAUCAUGAUGUUAAACUUUGGGCCCCCACUGCCGAGAACCCCACAGGGCUCAAGGGCCUCAAAGACGUGAUGAAGAAGAACAAGCGUGAGCGUGACGAGGACACUGUUCGACAUGGAGAUCAGUAUGACACCCAGCUCCUGUGGUUCCUCAUGAGACACAUGAGAAACAGACGGUCCCAGAGGACACGUCGGGAGGGUGCAGAGGGAGACACUGAUGAGUCAUGGAGCUCUCCAGAUUCCUCUGAUGAAGAGGAUGGAGGGCCAGACCACGUCCAGUGCAUGUCCUCCUGAGCCAAAGAGAUAUACAAGCCAGCCACACACACACACUGCAUUGCCCUGGUAUUGAUGCAUAUAUGCAGGCACUAUUGGCUCACACAUGAACACUGAGACCAUGAAGUAACAGUAAAAAGGUACACAGACACACGCAUACAUACAUACAUACAUACAUGCAUACAAACAACUGAAACAACUGAAAGGGAGUGUGACUAGUAUAGACAGACACAAAACCUCACUUCUAAUCAGACAGGGAGUGAUUGUAGGCAAUUGUGUUCAUGCACAGUCUGAGGGGAGGGGGCUGAUACACUCUCAACCCUGAUUUUGUUCUAACCAGUGUUCUAGGGAGGCUGAUGAGUGCUCACAUCCUUACACAACCAGUAAGACUCAUCUACACCCACACUUAUGCUCUGCCAAGCCAGAGAACAUAAGAACUUCAACAUCACACACAUCUCACAAUCACUUGUCCGUCAUCGGCAAUGCAGACGUUACCCCCCUCUCUUUCCCCUCUACUUUUCUGUUGGGGGAUUUGAAAAAAGGGGUUGAUGUACCUUCAGACCUUUUGAUCAACCCUAAAAUGUGAUUCAUUCAUUUUUUUUUCAAGGGCCAAACCAGAGCCCCUAACAACCUCUCUAGGGUUAGCCUCAGAACAUCUGCAUGUGGUCAAUCAGCUUAGCCUGCAGAUGGCUCAUACCUGGUGACUGCAUCCCUUAUACUCUGCUGUGGGUUUUUUUCACUCUCCCUCAGCCCAACGCCUUCCAACCCCCCCCACACCUCCCAUCCCACGCUACUGAGUGCACUUUAAUCAGGGAUGUUUGGGUUUUAUAGACAAAGUGUGCGCUGGGGGGGCCAACCAUGCAUUGUUAUGAAACAUUGGCUACGUUGGCUCCCCAGAACACCUCAGUAAAGUAAAGGUGCGUUGUAAAAUGAGAGAGGUAUUUGACUAGUUGUUUAGUUUGGGAUAUGCACUUAGCAGGAGUGUCUUGAACAGAGCUCCAGCUGAAAGAUUCCCUUUCCUUCCAUCAACUUAACCCCCUCCCUCCUUCACACUCCUCCUGGACGAGUACCCUGACCUAAGCCUCUACCUCCCUAAAGGCCUUCCCACGCUGUACGUCAAAAUCUGUAUUUUACCAUUAUUGCAUGUCACACUGUGCGAUGUUACCAAAUUAAAAUCUUGAUAUCAACCUGGCCAGAUUGUACAAUUUGCUUCAGUUUUGUCGUCACAUUCUGCGAUUGGCUAUUACAACUUCAGCAGUGUAUUUGAUCUGUGCAUGUGCCAGCACCAGCAGCGCAAGCCUCCCAAGCAUAUUCUGAGAAAAUUAAAGUAUGCGUCUUAGAAAUAGUUUUUACAUACAAACGUAUAUAUGUCUGAAUUCAGAAUCAAAUAGGCUUCCCAAAAGUAACAUGGUCGUUGUGGUGGAACUUUUAUUUUGAUUGGCCGAUUUUUAGCAUUUAUCAAAAUCUAAUCAAGUAGCCUGGUUUCAGAUGUCAUGUAAACAAUAUAAUUAGGGAAAUCGUUCUUGCAAAGCAUGUCAAUGUUUAAAUCAAACUAUUAUAUUAAUCUGACUUAAUGUGUGCAUAAUCAGUGUCGGCCAUGUUCUUGUUAGUCGUAACACCAGCCACCCAACACGAUAAAGGCCCAACAUUUCUGACACUGCUAGAACUUUGUUGAGCCAUUGACACUGAACGACCCAAGAUGUCCGACAAUUGUUUACGACCUAAGAAUUUGACCACAAUGUGGAUAAUUUGGCUGUGAUGGUAAUAUCGUGGCAUAAGACAGCUGAAAUCAUAGUCUGUGCGAGCCUUAACCCAUCUUUCUCUGAGAGUACACGUUUUUGUGCUGGAGGGCUGCUCAGGAACACCUGAAUGGUCUCAUUGUGUAUAUAUACAGUACAUCCAAAAGGAUUCUCACUUUUCUGUUUGAGGAGCCCUGAAUAUACAUACAUCCACGGCUCAUGCCAGCUAGCAGUCUCUGCCAGAGUUCAUACUCCGAAAAGGAGAAGCGGGGGUUUGAUCAGUCUUUGGAGAUCAAAACAUCUGGGUAGCAGUGCUGAUCUUGGAUCUGUUCAUAUAAUCUUAUUCAUUAAGAUCUGAAACUGAUCCUGGAUCAGCACUCUUUGAGAUGCUUUGUGGAUACGGCCCAGAUGUAAAGACUGCUGUUUGGCUCUCUUUGAACUUUGUUCCUCAAGCCGUUCCUCAAUCUGUAUUUGAGGCCAUCUGCCCUGUCAGACCUUCCGGGGGGACAGGAGGGAGGAUCGAUCUGCUUGCCAGUUGUUUUUGUUUGAGAGUGAUAAAGUCCAUCUUUUUCUCUUUUUGUAUGAGAUUAUAAAUGUUUGAUGAAUUCAUGUACAUAUAUUAAAACUGUAUAGAAAUAAUCUUUAGCAAUGUUUGACUUAAGAAAAUGUCAAAAUAUGGGAUUGAUAUUGAUGCAAAGGUUUAUUAUAUAUGAGGACGAAGUACUUUUAAAAUGAAGAUACAAAGAUGGUUUUAGUUUUUCUUCUGUAAAUGACAUCCCCAAUUGUUAAGUAUAUCGGUAGGAUUCAGUUAAACAAUGAAUCAAGUUUGGUUCCUUCUCAUUUUCAAUUUACAAUUUUCUCUGUCCCGCUCCCUGUUUUUAUUUGUUCUUGUAUAUAUAUUUAGGCUUUUGAUGAUUUAUCCCACUGCUGCCUAAUAUUGUGUUCUACCGUUUCAGUUGGAAACAUGUAUGAUUUGUGCAAUAAACAGAAGACUGUCCCUUGUUAUUUUGA